AUGUUCGCGUCGCUGCGUCUUCCCCAAUCCGUCUGCCCUCCUUCCCACGCGCGUUUUUUCCGCGCACCAGGGCACCAGGCGCCGCGCAGUGGCCGCCCCACUGCGCCCAUCGGCCACGCACCGGCCGCCCCACGCCGCUUCGCCGUGUCGCGUCCAAGGGCGGCGUCAGCGCUGGAGGCCCUCGUGCUGGAGUCUGACGACGAGGAUGGAGACGACGCGGAUGAGGAAGCGGAGGUGGAGGAGGUCGGGACGGGCCUGUUCCAGGGCGAGGCGUGGGCCGCGGGGGGCCACGAGAGGGACGCGGUGAGGUCCCCCGAGCUGCAGGUGUUCGAGAUCGAGGAGCUGCCGGAGCAGUGGCGGCGGUCGAGGAUCGCCUGGCUCUACAAGGAGCUCCCCGCCUUCAAGCACUCCACCUUCACCCGCAUCCUCAACGCCCAACGCAAGUGGAUCACCCAGGACGACGCCACUGGCGUCGUCGUCCACUGCCUCCGCAUCCGCAAUAACGACGCCGCAUUCCGGGUGCCGGAGGCCGACCGCGCCGCGGCGGUACGAUUGGGCGCGUGUCGCGCACACCGACAAGCUAGAAAUGCCGAGCUGGGAUCAAAUGGUACUGGAGGCUGGCGGCGCAGGAGAUCGCGAGGGGCUCGCGCGGGGUAGGGGGUUGUCGCGAGGGGGAGCUGCCCUGCGUGGCUUUUUUUAAUUACUGAGGAUAUUUUUUAGCGUUCUGAUGUGGAUUGAUACGUUUUUUGGAUUGAUACGUUUCUGGGGAAAAAGAUUUUAGCAUAGCCCCUAAUAUCUCGUUUUGGGGAAGAAUUUUUUGGGAACUUUUUGGAGUUGCUCUAAAGAUUAAAUGAGAUUCUCUCUAUUUUUUAAGGGCUGCAAAAAUGUCUUCAAUUCCAA